UUACCAAAUGCUCAGGCUGGGCCUGGGGGCUGCGUUACAGGUCAAAAGGGGCAGAAACUGGAAAAAAAUCUACAGAGCCUCCAACACCAUGGCCCUUGGGGUGACCUCCUCCGUGCCUUGCCUACCCCUUCCGAACAUCCUCCUUAUGGCCAGAGUCAAAUGGCUUCAGGGGCAGAGCCAGACAUGGAACAGACCAUCCACAGCCCCGAGCAUCAUCCUGAAGAGCAUUCUCCCUUUGAAGUUUGUGGAGCUCCAGAUCUAUGACCACCAUGAACGCAUCCUGAGGCUGAGGACAGUCACCGAGAAGAUCUACUUCCUAAAACUCCACCCUGACCAUCCUGAGACUGUCUUCCACUUUUGGAUCCGCCUGGUUCAAAUUUUGCAGAAGGGUCUGUCCAUCACCACCAAGGACCCUAGCAUCCUUGUUACUCACUGCCUGGUACCCAAGAGCCUCUGCAGCCCAUGUGGAAAGUCUGAGUUAGUGCAAAAGAAACCUCCAAGCCCCCAGCCCAGUGAGAGCCUCAUGCAGCUGAUGGCCCACGGGGAGAGCGAGGCCCUCUCGCAGAUCUUUGCCGACUUGCAUCAGCAGAAACCGUACAGUGCCAGGAGGAGCAAAAAGAUUCAGGUCAACAAGACCAGCUCAGGAAACUAUAUGACGAAUCCUUUCCCACUGGGGAGAGUUUAUGCAGCCUGUGCCAGCACUUCUCUUCAGUAUUCGGUUUCGGGGGGCUCUAACUGGACAGAAGGGCGGAGGAAAUUGCCCCUCGGAGCAAACCCAAGUUAUCACAGCACUGACAGGAGGGCCUCCUCACCGGUCAGCCUCUCCACGUACGCUCAUCACCACCUGAGAGUAGAGCAACCUGCAUCCCAUGGGCCGGGCAUGCCUUCUCCAAAAGACAGCCAGGAGAGGCGCAAGACGAGGGAAGCGAUCCCAGGAGAGCUGUGCACACCGACAAACCAGAGGCGACAUGGAAGCUGGCAGGAGGGGGUCAGAGAAGAGAUGCAGAGAGAAAAGUAGCAACACAAGGAAAUAGAAGAGACCCGGGAGAAAGGCUGAAGAGAACUAGACAAGAAACACAUCUCUGAGAGAUGCCCCGCCAAGCGUCUAUUUAUCUAAUUUAAAGAGUAAAGCCAUAAACCAAGGAGAGAAGUGUGGUUUCCUCUCUGCUCAGGUCACGCCGGAACAACUUCAUCCUUCUUCCUCUGCCUAUUGCCCAGUUCAGGCUUGUUCACCUGGAGGUGGCUUGGAAGCUGAAGAACAAUCUUUUGUUUGGGUUUUGAGAUAGGGUCUCUUCCAGGCAGUGGUGGCGCGUGCCUUUAAUCCCAGCACUCAGGAUGCAGAGGCAGGUGGAUCUCUGGUUUUUGAGGCCAGCCUGGUCUACAAAGGGAGUUCCAAGUCAGUCAAGGCUGUUACACAGAGAAACCCUGUCUCAACCAUAGAGAGAGGGAGGUUUGGAGG